UUAUUUUUUCUAGGUUUAAUCAAUUGGCUCAUGCCUACAAACGACGAGGAGACAGCCAAUCCGAUAUGACAAUGGGUAUAUUGGACCAAUUCCAUGCAUUAUGCAACUACAUCUUAAGCUUUUAUUACGUCGAUAAAGGCAGCACACACGUUUCAUUUAAACAAGCCUCUGUGGCGUGGAAAAGCUUAUUUCCUUUUACAGACAACCUAUUAAAAAAACUCGAACAGCAACAAUACUUUCACCUCUAUGGUCUUUGUUCCCGUCUUGUUGCUCUUGUACGCUACUAUAUUUACAAUCGAAUGACUUCUUCUACUCACAAGUUAAUCUCCAACCAUCUAUCUCAAACUCAAGGUCAAGUUCCUCGUCUCUGUCUUGAUGUGUCUGAAAACCUGCUGCAAGAAUAUGUAAAAGCAGAGCGUUGGUACCGUAUAUCUGAGCGAAAUUUUACAUAUCAAACCAUGAUAACAGAGUUUCCUCAGGCAUUUCAAGAUGUCUGUGUUCAGGGUAACGUCUCGGCGGGUAUCUCUAUUGGUGGAGAAGCAGGUGUCUCCAUUGAGCCCAUGUUUCCAUUCACGCCUUAUUCUUCUUUACACCACGCUGCCAUUGUGUCUAAAUGCAUGUUAAAUGAAUUUGUCAAGCAAAAGAAGUUGGACUAUCAGCCUAUUUUUAAGCCAGAAGAAUUCAUGUAAAUAACUUUGAUAGAUUUUAUAAAGUAACCCUAAUAUUUAAUACUACUACUGAUAAAGCUCUGUGUACAGUUG